AAGUGUCAUUAUAUUGUCGCUUGUUAUGAACCUAUGCCAAGUAUAGUUUACUUCAAACAUUUUCACUUACCAGACUGACUGUUUUUUUUUUUUAGGAUUUUAGAUCUAUUUAAUCAUAUAGGACGAGGUCUAUUUUUGCUCAGAACUUUUUUAAAAUGAUUUUAGGCAUAUUCGGAUCAUAUUUUUGCGCAGAACUUUUGAACAGGAGAGUGGAGGCUAUCUGAGCACACUGAAAAUAAAAAGUGAAUAACCACCGACCAUUUUAAUUUCGCUUAUACUGCAUUGUAGAAAAUGCUUAUUAUGAUCCAAAAUCUCAGCACAAGCCAGACUGAAUAGGCUAAUGCCUAUAGAUGAAUGUCGUUUUUGUGAGUUGUAAUCUGACGCUCUGAAGCCGAAAGAGCCAACAAUAUUUGUCAGAGCAAAAGCGGCAUAUAUCAAAGCAUUUUUACUGCAAGAUUGAAAACGGAGUCGUGCGGUGAAACGCCUGCGUGUCCCUUUUAAAACAAACCCAGUCGCUGUCAAUCAUCGGGCAUUCCGACCAAUCCCUGAACGCCCUUUUUUCAAAACCAGGUUUGCCCGCUGUGCUUUUAUAUUGCAGCCCGGCCUGGUUCGGAGCAUUUUACUACCACGGUUAUUGCCACAAAUCAAGAGGGUGAAGUGAACGGCAUGGGACGCGCACCAACUUUCACCAACUUGCGUCCGCUUCAUGGGACCGCGAGGUUGACGGCCAAGACCGGCACGUGCAGAUGAUACAUGGAGGUGCAAUGGGGACAAAAUUAGUCGGUAAAUCUUGAGCGGUUGCACACUUACAACAACAACUACAAAAAAAAAAAAAAAAAAAAAAAAAUCAUGACAACCCUUUCAAGGUUUAGUGGCUGCCCUCUGUCUUGCGUAAACCCUGGAGAGAGCAAUACUGAACCCAGUGUGGUGCUGCCACCUUUGGCAGGGGAGCACAUGGGGCACCCCACUGGCACUUCCUUAAAACUCUGCCCCUCGCACAAUUUGCUAGACUACCCCGAGACAAGGGCCACCGCAUAUGUGGACCACUCGUUGCCUCACUUUCCAGACACUGGAUACACCAGCCAUCGCCUAGACGCCAGCCCUAGAGGCAUUAUCAUUGGGACAAACCUGUCAGGACCGGGCAUGCCACCAGUCACAGACCAACUGGCACCAAGACCUAACCAACAUGGCGCUAUUGGAAGGUACCGUGACCUCCACGGCUACAGGGAUGCCCGAAGCCAUGCUUUCUUCACCACGUAUCCGGAGCAGGCCCACAGCUCUGUUGAUGCCAACCGAGACUUGAAUGGCCAGGUGAUGUUGGGUCUUCCAGGAGAUCUCCUCUCAAGGGCACAUCCAUACGGACAAACCCACAGCGGCCCUCGGGCCAACAGCCAACAGCUCGUUACUCAGUUUCUGGGGCUCUAUAAGCCCCUGAACAUGGCCAUGCAGCGAGGAGGGGGCGAUGCAUUCCUCAGGUGCUCCAGACAGACUUUAACGCACGAGUUGGUGUGCAAGUGGAGUGAUGGCCAAGAAGGCGCUGGCAAGCUGCCAUGCUCCAGGACUUUUGGGACUAUGUAUGAACUUGUCACUCAUGUGACGAUCGAGCAUGUUGGGGGACCUGAGCAUUCUGACUACGUGUGCCACUGGGAGAAUUGUCCCAGGGACAGAAAGCCAUUUAAAGCCAAAUACAAGCUGGUCAACCACGUCAGAGUGCACACGGGAGAAAAGCCCUUUCCCUGCCCCUUUCACGGAUGUGAAAAAGUUUUCGCCAGAUCCGAAAACCUCAAGAUUCACAAGAGAACCCACACAGGUGAGAAACCGUUCAAAUGCGAGUUCGAGGGCUGCAACCGGCGGUUUGCAAACAGCAGCGACCGGAAGAAGCACUCACACGUCCACUCGAGCGACAAGCCGUACAUGUGCAAGGUCAGAGGCUGUGAGAAAUGUUACACGCACCCGAGCUCGCUGCGCAAACACAUGAAGCUCCAUUGCAAGGCCGACACGGCCAAACCGGGCGAGGACGGUGAGCCUGGGUCUCCCGAGGUGGCGGGAGAGCAAGUCCCAUCAUCCCCUGCGGCGGUGACGCGAUCCUUGCCGCCUGCCCCCUCUCAGGACUCCCCCGAGACUCUGAGGUCACGCUUUCAUCACACUUUUGACAGCAGUUUGGACUAUACGGCGCACAGGCCGCAGUCCCUUUUGGAUCCUCUGUUACUACACCGGGGCAGUUACAGAGGCGAAACGGCGCAGUACGCGUGUAGCCAAGCAAGUCCCACUUUUGCUCAUAGCCACAGGAAUUUUGCAUCAAACUCACCUUUCCAAAAAAGCCUUGUAAACGGCUGGUACACAUGUCACAACGGCGCCCAGCCUUUCUCGUCUAAGCCGUGUAACAAUGAUUAAUGAUUGUUCAUGAUGGCGUCAAGGAGAGGUAAUGAAGAGGGCACAGGACAGGUUGUGUAAUUCAGACUUGUCUUUUGAAACGAUUUUUGUAUUUUCUCGAUGCAUUUCUCGAUGUCCUAUUUAUGAUUUGGCUAAACAGUUUAUGGCUGGGAGCUGAUGUUAUUGUGCUGGUGAUAUUCUUUAACUGAAAAUAUAUUAUAACAUACAUUGUGCUGAUGAGAUUCCUUAACUGAAAAUACACUUAUGACCAAUGUACUACAAUACACUGGUCAUCAGUGUAUGUUUCUGUAUAUACAAAUGAUAAAAAAAAUACAGAACUAUCUAAUCUGAAAGCGUUUUAAUUAGAGACAGGAUCAUGUGGGAAGAGGCUGAGGCCUACUCUGCUUAAAAGUGCAACAAGAACAUUUUACUCUUGUAAUUCUAUGUUUUCUGACUCAUUUUUGGUAAUACAGUGCUUGCUUGUAGAACCCAUCAAUGUUAAUUCAUGCACAUUUCUAAGGGAAAGAAAUAUUAUUCGCUUUGUUGUCAUUAACCCCGAGUGGCCGAGUUUUUGCUUUCUUGUUGUGAGAAUAUUCAGCCUGUGUUCAGUUCAGAGAAGAGAAGCUGUGUACUACCACAAGGCCCUUGCUUUCCUUCCCUUUGUAUAUCCCAGUUCAGGUCUCCCAAAUGUUUAAUUAAAACUCCACUGUAUAUAGCCUACUGUACAAUUAAUUGUGAAUUCAAUAUUCAACAUUAAAGUGUCUUUAUUCCCUUUGAUCAGGUUGAGUGUGAUUAAAUUCACUCAUUUUUAAAGAAAACGUGGUGGUGUUGAAGUCAAGAUUCACACUUCAGUUAUAAUGUAUAUUACCUCACGAGAAGAUAUAUAUUAAAGUGAAUUGCACGAAAACCUGGUAUUUCCGAUAGGAGCAAUCAGUUAACUUAGCUUACUGUCCAAAAGUGCCAGACACUGAAGUUAUUCCAAACUGAUUCUAACAAGUUUAAUCAAACAGAAGAUUGAACUAAUUGCAUGCUAAGAACCUAGAAAAUGUUUCUAAAUGUCUUCGCCAUCUGCUGAUUGCAGAGAGAUGCUGCAGUUGAUACUAAAAGUCAGAAUGUGUUGGCUGUAGUAGUUUCUUAUUACAAACCGUAGUCUAUGUCUUCCAGAAUAAUCAGAUGUUCAGAGAUCAUUCUAGAUGAUCUGUACUAACAGGUACUGAAAGGGAAAUCCUGCCUCACUGAUUUAUGUACACCUUGGGUUCACUGGAAAGCAAAUGGCAUUGCCUAGGGAAACUGUAAAUACCUCGUCCAGUGUGGUUUAAGACAUUAGCCCAGCUUUAAUAUGGCUAAUUGUCUGUAAAUUGUCUAUGAAUGUGCUUCACUAAAUAGUUGCUGGGUUGGUCAUUAGAGCUUAAUGUGAGCUGGUUUAAUGGACUAUGCUCAACUCAUUAAGCAAUUAACCAAGUGUUUCAACAAAUUUGUUCUCAUCACAUAUCUCUGAUUAAUGUAUUAUUUGGUAGGAACAGUGUUUUUAUAUUAAAUUCUGUAAAGAGAAAAAAUGAGAAUUUUCUGGCAAAUGGCUUGAACUAGCUGUUGUGGAAGUAGUCCAGCAUUACUACACUGGACGGGGUGAGUAGCUGUAAAGUUGGUCCUGCUUUUCCACACUUUGUUAAAUAUUUCUUCACUUACAUGGGCAUUUUAUGUUCAGGAUAGAUUGUUUAAAUCUAGUAUGUUCAUUACUGCCUGGCUGGUUAUUACUAUAGUUGAUCACAAUCUUUAUUUCAAUACAUCGAAUGUAAUGUCCAUAGACAGACGGAAAUGUUUUAGUUGUGGGAAGUGAGGCAUUAAGUAUUUGUUAACUGUCCCCACCCUAUUCUCCUGAAAUGACGAGGGUUUCUCCUACAUAGAGUUCCUCUAAAAGUAUACUUUUCAGUCUGACUGAAGUUUAUUUAUGCUUUCAUGACUCAUUAAUGAGAAAUUUGUAUGAAAUGUAAUGAAUGCGGGUGAUUUCAUUUUGGAUUUGUAACAAGAGGUAUGAAUGCUAACUCAGGCCCUAACUCUAUGCUAACUCUAAUCUUAUCCUUAAUAACCUUUCCUAUAAAUUGACUUGUGUAAAUAAUUACGAGUUUGCAAGUGUAAAACCAUGCUGGCAUUUAUUUAUGUCUUGAGGCCUAGAUAUGAUAGAUUCAUACGUGGCCAUUAAUUGUAGCUAAUAAUAUAUUUAAGCUGCGUUUGGUAAACUGUAAGGGGUCCUAUAAGGAAUCUUUGGGCAUAGCCCUGUUGCAUUUAGUGGUAGUCCUCAAAACAGUAAUUGGGUUUCCUGUGGAAAUAAAUCCUGCCAGCCGCUGAACUUGCAUAUAUGUUUGUCAAAAGACAUGAUGAGACAGAUUUAAUAUAUAGAUAGGUGACAAAGGAAAAAACAUCAUAAAAUGUCUCUGGAACUGGAGGAAUGGAACACCAUUCUUCCAAAACACAUAUCCUCAAUUAAUGUUUUGAGAAUGGUGGUGGAGAAUGAUCAUUUUUUAAACAUGUUUUUUUUAAACUUUUAAUUUAAUAUGUACAUAAUUUUUUCCACAUGGAUAAUUCAGCCUUACCUUUUGCUACUGGCCUUCUGAUCUCUGUAAAUUUACUUAGCACCAGUAUUUACAGUCUUAGAUCAGAAGCCACAAAUGUAUUUUGCCAACAUAAAUCUGAGCCUCACUACUUACAAAAAUCCUAAGAUAAUAUAAAUAUAGCUAUAAGAGUAGAAUAUGUCUAUGCCUGUACAAAAUUCCUGAAAGGUGUCUUUGCAAAAAUUAGCAGCUGAUUUGCCUACCCAGCUCACUUACAUUGAUUUGUGUGAAUUACCAUAAGCAUCAGGUUAAAAAAAGACUUAAAAGGGUAUUCAGUGGUUUUAAACCAUCUGUUUCCAGUUCUGUCAAUCAGACAUAAUGGGCAUCUCUCUCAUCUGUAGUUUGAAUUGCUUUGCUGGAGAACAGGAGUGUUCUCAGGAGACAUACAGUACACUCACUAUACAUUACGGGGUUUGUAUUGUUGUGACUUUUCUCUUCUGUGUAUUUAGUAGCUAUGAUCUUUGAUUAAAUUAUGUUAAAUAAAAAUAACACCUACAUAAUCAGACACCCAGCUAGUAAAAUGAACACUAUUUUAGCCACUGAAAACCUCAGGUACUGAUAGUGUGACUGGUAUUAAAAGAAAAAUCAUUUCAGUAUUUCAGAUGCAGUUAUAUUGUGUAAGUAUGCAUCAUUUUUUUGAUGGGGAGUGAAAAUUGUUAGAGUGAUGUAUGUUUGUAAUUUGGUAUACUCAGCAUAGAUAUUAUAAUGUCACUAUGGGUAUGAAGGUAUGGAAAACUCUUAGCCUUUAAUUUUUUUUUACCAAAACAAUGUAGAAUUUGUUUUUUUCACCUUUUGUAUUAAAAAAAAAAAACCCGCAUUAAAAUGUAUAUUUUUAUGCAAUGUCAAUAUCAGUAAUAUUAUCAUACCAAUAUGAUGUCACACUCAAUAUUCUCAAUUUUUCCCCCCAAACCUGUCCUCAUACAUGGUAUAUUUACUUCCUGAAGAUUUCUGCAGAUAUUGGUAUUGCUCCAUGCAAAAUUGCUCUGGAUAAAUAUUUUCACGUGAGAAGAAUAACCUACACUAGAUCUGACUUGCUGGUACUGUGGAGACAUAUACAGUGUGUGUGUACCCCCAAUUGAGAUUUAUCCUCUUUCCCUCCACAUAGUUGAAUUCCCACUUUAUCUAUUCUGAAAGCGUUUGCUUUUUCUUCCAAAUAGUAAAUCUAUGGCAAUGUUGCAUAACUAGCUGCUCAACCACACCCUUGCCACAUUUAUUUAUUUUUUUUUUAAAUGUAAUUUUUUGACUUCAUCUGGAAGGUCGUACCUCAGUCUGCCCAAUGCAACCUCUGCACUUUUUCCUACCAACACUGUUAUUGCAUACAUUCAGUUGCAGAUUUUCAAAAUUAUAUGCAUGUUUGCAGACUAUGUGACUUUUACGACCCAUUAUUUCUGUCUACACGACAUGGUGCGUCUUCCCUGUUGUUUUGGGAAGGGUUUACUGCCACCAUGACAGUGAUAUUUCAUUACUGACACAUACAGUUCAAGCGCAAGUACCUUUAGAGAUCUCCACGCCCUUUGCUUUUUGACUGCCUCAAAAAAAGCACUCAUCUAACAGAAGCAGUGUGAGGUUGCAUCAGCCUGGGGUAGGAGUGGUAGCUAUAUAGGCUGAUGGGGUGCUAUUUUAAUUGGAUUCCAGCUUCUCUCCAGCAUCCCCAGGUCAAGUUACUGGUGUUGGUGCUCUGGCUGGAGGUUUAUUUCAUCCAUGACUGCCCAACCUCCUUUCCGGUGGAGCUCAUCAUUCCCUUCUCUCAUCUCUGUGCCACUCUGCACUCCUGGCUACUCACAUCACUCCCAUCCUUGCAUCUCUCACAUUGGCCCCUUAAUCUGUGUGUUUAUUUAGUGUAGUACUGUAGCAGGUGGAAGUUCUAAGCCACAGCCCACGUGCUUUCUGAA